AUGGCCGAUCAGGAACCCUCUACCCCCAAACCGGAGUCAACUACCUCUACCCCCAACAAGCCUAAACGUGCCCCUCCCAAGCUAGGCAAGAAGUCUCCUGCCAAGCAGCAAGAACAGACCCCGCCGCCUUCAGACCAAGGUCAGGAACAAAGCUCGGAAGAGAACCAGCAACCCGAAAAAGGUGCUGAGAAGAAAGACCAAGACCAAGACCAAGACCAAGAGGACCAACCAGAAGAGCCGGAGACUCAUAAGCAAGAGCCCGACUCCGAGAACGAGCAAGAGCCUGAACAGAACGACGAACCUGAACCCGAACCUGAGCCCCAACCUCAGCCGGAACGUCGUCGCAGACGCCCUCGUCGUCAACCAGAAUCAGACGCCGAGUCUAUCUCCCGCAGCAUGGACGGUGAACCACAGCAACGUCAGCGCACCCGUCGCACGCGCCGGCCCCAACAACAACAGCAACAAGAGCAGGGCAGUGACGGAGGCCCUCUCGGCGGUCUCGGCGGUGUAGAUCAAGCCGGCCAGCUCGUGCAGAACACAGCCGGCAAUGCCCUGAACGGAGUGACCGGGUCUGCAGGCAAGGCCGUCGGCGGAGUUCUGGGCGGAGGCGACAAAGAAGAGAAGGAUGAUGGCGGCCGCGAUGAGCAGCUGCGGCUGCGACUGGAUCUGAAUCUGGACAUUGAGAUCCAGCUCAAGGCUAAGAUUCACGGUGACUUGACACUUGGUUUGCUUAAUUGA